CAUGGGCGCUCCAUUUGGAGGCUGAAAUCAAGAUGGAUGUUGCUGUAACUGCGAGUAUCUCUGUCACCUUUCACUUCUAGUCUCCAGUCGGGUCACGUUCUUGAAGGUAUGAAACUUUAUAUCACUGGAUCCAACGACCAAUUAUGACACUGAUCCUCCCGUCGCCGCUGCAUUAUUUCAUACAAUACCCUGAUGGUGCGAACCGGAGCUACGAUCUUCUAUUCGCGAAGUGCAAAAGUUAUGGUUUACUAGGUGAUAAUCAGGGCUUGCCUCAAGUCGGUUUGAAGGUCCGGAACCGGCAAGCAGGGAUCAUCACUGAGGCGGUCAAUAAACGUUCGGAACACUGUUCCAUGCCGUCGACCGCAAUAUCAGCAUUGAACAAGGGCCGGUGGAUGAUAGCGUACCUUGUUACAACUUGCAAGCGGUGUUACCAGAGUUCCCAAUCCUCGAAAGAUGUCGCGUUCUCAGCAACCAUCCAUCCGUUCCUUCUUCCAGCCGAAAUCUCAACCCGCCUACGCUUCCCCUCCAUCAGACCACCCGCUAGAUUCAACCACCACCGAAGCGACCAAUAAGUCGGCAUCACCACCGGCUCCUCCACCGGCGCCGCCACUCCCACAAAUUACUGGGGCCGCGAACCCAACUCAUUUCCUAGCCACGAACGUUGGUCCUGUUCUGCCGCCACCUCCGUCUCUCCCGUCGGGCGCGACCAUCGUUCCGCUUGCAGAGCAACACAUACCUGCGCUACGGCGAAUCAACUCUCUUCUCCUCCCUGUAGCCUACCCCGACUCGUUUUAUACAAAAGCGCUCGACCCGCUUACCUCUGGCCUCUUCUCCCGUGCUAUUCUUUGGCAAGAUUCGACUGCCGACACCCCCAAGGUCGUGGGUGGCCUGAUAUGCCGACUAGAGCCGAACCAUUUCGUCGACGCCCACGGGCAACCGUUGCCAUGGAGCCCGCUCCCCACACACGGCCAAAACACAACGCCGGCUUCACUUAAUACGCCGUACCACGCCAUCUAUAUCCAAUCCCUCGCGCUGCUCUCCCCGUUCCGCUCGCUCGGUCUGGCCGCCGCCGCCCUCGAGCACAUCAUCGCCAGCGCCGCCCUCCUCCCAGCAUCUGGGUCUGGCAUUGACGCGCGAACAAUCUACGCCCAUGUCUGGACCGAAAAUGAGGAGGGGCUCAAGUGGUACGAAGCGCGGGGCUUUGCGCGCCAUGGCCAAGAGCCCGUGAAAGGAUAUUACUUCAAGCUGCGACCCGACACAGCAUGGAUUGUGCGGCGUGACAUAGCGACAGCGGGCUCUUUACCUUCUGCAAACCAACCACAACCGUCUCUAUCAUCUAUUCAGCCCCAGUCAAGCACAACAAUACCGGGCAGCAGAGGUGCGGGCAGCGUUCUCGCAGCAGCUGUCAACCUACCGCCCAUAUCCUCCUCUAUGGCGCCCUCGCCAUCCUCGUCUCCGUCCCCAGCGGCAGUUAGCCUUCAGCCCACGCAAGGGGGAGCUGCAGCAACCGUUACCAAUGGUACCGGGGCCCCUCGCCGACCACCCCCCACCGCAACAACCCCCUCUUCCUCGACCAGCUCCCUCUCCUUCCAGAACAUGCGGCCUGAAACGGAGUGGAACGACCUGCCCGCCGAUAUGGUUGGUCGGAACCAGCACCUUUCCCCAAACAGUGUGCCACGAUCCAACGCAAGCUCCAGGAGUAGCUCAACAGCGAGGAAGAAGAAGGAGAGGGCUUACCCUUCCGCAGCUUUUGGGAACUAAAUCAUACAGAUUGGUCUGUAUUGUGUCUACGCAUACCCAGCAGGUUUGGUAACGUACCCUAUGGAUAAUAGGAAUUGGGUGGUCCGUAUUCAGGGGCUAUAGAUGUUGACCUCUCGGAUCAGGUUGAAUUAUGGGCUUGUGGAUACACAUGAAUAGACGAGAACGUACUGCAUCACACUACACUAUACCACACGAGCAAGGCUUAGUUAACUUCUUAAUCAAUUCAAGCCGGUCUCUCAACAGCGACGCUAGCUACAGGGUAGCUUUGAACACAGGAACUUGCUCUCAAGUCACCCGAAGAGACUGAAAGAUCCGUCCCUGGGUGAGUAAGAUGCUAGAAAUUCAGCAUCGGCUAGGUGCCGAAUGCCCAAAGCAGCUA